AUCUCGUUCAUGCUUGAAGAACUUAUGCAGCAGCUGCGCACGGAACAGGACGCGUGCGUUCCGGUGUGGUGGCCCGUGCACAGAGCGUUUACGCUUUUCAAAGAACACCAUGAGAAAGACGAGGCGCGACGUCUCCGUCGAAUUGCGCGUGAUGCCAGACGACAGGAGGAGAAGACAAGAAAACGUGGUGAUGAUACGUUGUUGACGAAACACGACACAGCUGCCACUUUCCGAGACCAAAGCCAGGACCCAAAUGUCGACUACACAUCCCAGAAAAGUAACCAAAUCUACGCAGGAGGCCGAAUGCAUCGCACUGCGAGUACAACGAGUGCUCAGCGUGAGUUGCUAAUUCGCAAACCUGCGCUCCUCGACGAGUCAGCG